UGAGCAUACACAAGAUGGAAGGUGAUGGAGUUCUGAUUGUAAAUCCAGAGGUGAAACAGGUAGACCAUCCAGAUGCAGUGGUGAUUGCAGUGACCUCCAGAGCCAUCUUUAACAUGGAAGAUGAACACAAUAUAUUCUUGGAGAAAGGAAUAGAAGAAUACACCCGUUACCAAAUUGAUAAUGUGGAGAAACCCCUAAAGGAAGGCACUGCUUUUGCAUUAAUUAAGGCAUUUCAGAUGGUAAAUGUAAAGCUACUGGAGCAAAAUCCAGAAGAGAAACAGUUAUUUGAUGUGAUGCUGCUGUCAAACAACAGUCCAGAAAGUGGCAAGCGUAUUAUUAAUAGUGUAAACCACUAUGGCUUGGCAAUAUCACGCUUUUACUUUACCUCUGAGAAAGACUCUACAGAAUACCUUCCCAAAUGCAAUGUUAAACUCUUCCUAUCUGCAAAUCAGGUUGAUGUACACAAUGCAGCUAAGAGAGGAAUUCCAUCAGCUGUCAUGUUUCUGCAAGAAGUUGUAGCAGUCACUGAUCAAUUGCGAAUUGCCUUUGAUGGAGACUCUGUGCUUUUCGCAGGCCAGACGGAUCAUGUUUAUGAAAAAGAAGGACUCUAUAUGGCCAAAGUCUAUGAGACUUUUAUGAAGAAGAUUCCAAUGGGAGAGGGUCCACUAAAGAAGUUUGCAAUGUUACUUGGAGAGAUUAGGAAGAAGUUUGGUCGGGAAGACAGUCCUCUCCGUACUUAUUUACUGACCGCUCGUAGUAGCAGGAAUAUGGGGAUCCGAGCCAUUAAGACCUUGCGUCACUGGGGGCUAGAGAUUGAUGAGGCUUUCUUAAUGAAUGGAGCACCAAAAGGACCCAUUCUGAAUGUCAUAAAGCCUCAUAUGUUCUUUGAUGAUGGACUGCAUAAUGUUGAACAGGCCCUGGACAUAGGUGUCCCUGCUGCUCUGGUACUGAGAGAUAAGGGGAAAGCAAUGUAGGAUAAAGACACCCUUCCAAGCAGUAGGCGUAACGGGGCUAAUUAAAAAAAAAAAAAAGUUUACGUGUACUUAAAUACAUUACCAUUACAUGUGUAACUAUUAACUGCAGAAGGAGGCAAUUUUGUGUAUAUCUCGGGUGUCGGGAGGAACACUCUUGCAAACAUCAGACCGAAGCAGUACUGAAUUCUUUGAACUGUAAUCAUACCUAGACUCAAGAAUAGGGUCCAUUACUCUCAUAAUAUGAGAAGUCCAAAACAUUUGGUGAAAUGAAAAAAAAAAGUGUGUGUUGUGCUUGGGUGCAAGUCACCAUAAGGAACACUACAAUAUUUACAGUAAUUUGUUGAUCAUAAAAAUAAGCUAAUUGUCAGGGGUUGGCAAACCUAGAGGGUAUGAGCAGGAAUCAUGUUAGCAGUUUCCUGAGGGUUCUUCUGAGUCUGAAGAAAAGUCUGUUUUAAAAGAAAAGAAGUUUCAAUUUCCUGAGAUUUCACCUUGUUCCCAAAGAAACGAAAGAUGAUGUUUUGCUGAGGCUGAGGGUUCUGUAAAUUGGUUGUCAGAGAUGGGAGAUCAAACUUAAGGAAUGGUCUUUCUUCACUGUCAGAGCCAUAACUUUCCUGUCUAGACACUCCCCCCUUCUGCUCUGCCAGGUCUUUUCAAUUUGUUUGCUCCCACAUGCUGAGGUUCCAUUACAGUGUUACUUGCCUGGGCAUUGACUCAGUGAAGCUCUCCAGUGCCAUGUUACAGACACAGAUGGAUUUUGGUCUCAUGCUGUCCUACUUCUUAUUCUGGAUUGGACAAGAUUUGUUAUCCUUCCCUUCUCGCUAUCAGUUUUAUCAUCAGUCUUGGAUCCAGCACUGAUUUUGUUGAAGCCACCAGGCUUUGGCAUCAACAGGACUUGUUCCUUCCUUACCAGUGCCACUGUUGCCACUGGUCCUUCUUUCUGAGGUACAGGACUUGGCCUCUUUGUUGGUACCACCUUCUUUCUCUACUGUGGUAGGUGCUGUCUCUACUAUGAGCAAUCUUCACCAUGCACCUUACCCGUAUUGUAGUGGAGUGGUGUAGGAAGUAGGAGCCAUGCCUUCCCAGCUGCUGGCAUGGGAGGUCAUCACACAUACAGCAGAUGGAUAUUGAGUAUACUAUCCAAAAGCUAUUUCAUCCCGUUCUCUCCCCACUGGCUUCCUUUUUCCCCAGCAUUCCACUGCAUCAAAAGAGGUUGACAUUACUAAUGGGUUAGGCCUCCUCUAAAAAAGACAUCCAGGAGGUUCAGCCAGACCAGAGAGAGUCCAGCUUCUUCUCUGUUUUUUGUUUAGUGCCUGAAAAGACCAGUGACCUUAAGCUAAUUCGAAAACUAAGCAGAAUAAAUCACUUUAUGCUUAGAGAAAGUUUCAAGUAGUUGUAUUGGGGUAAUUUCUUCCUUGAUUGUCAAAAGUUGAGUGGAUGUACUCUUUGGACUUUUAAGAGGCAUAGCUGUAUGUCAGAAUCACAGAGGAGGUUAAAGAUGUUCUUCAUGUUUCACUGUUGCAGUCAUCACACUUGUGUUAUCUGCCUGCAGGUAGCCCUCAGUUGG